AUGACUAUAUGCUAUCUGGAUGGCCGACUUAGAUCCAGCAUCGUCUACUUGCAUCAUCGAUAUCUAUUUUACAGCUUCCACGGACUCAUCUGCACAUCAGUCUCUUCUGCAAAUCCAACAUACGCUUAUAAGACAUCAUAUGUCAGAUUCAGUCAGAAAGAAAGAGUGAUUGAUGUCUGCGUCGUCGACCAAAGAGCUCUCAAAAUAACCACUGGUUAUAGUCAUGGAUGCUUACCUCACAUUAUCAUAGCGGUUCUCCUGGGCCGGCACCUCCUUGCAGCUUCCUGGCACCUGUUCAACGCGAACUUCUCCUUUGAGUGA